AUGAAGACUAACUCAAAUAAGCGAGAUUGCCCUUCAGGUCAACUCAGCAAAAAGAAGUUUAUUGAAGUCUACUCUGGAUUCUUCCCAGAUGGUAAUGCGGAAGAAUUUUGUACUCACGUAUUCCGAACAUUCGAUAAAGACAACUCCGGGAAAAUUGACUUUAAGGAAUUCCUGUUGGCUAUUAAUAUCACUUCUGGUGGAAGGCCAAAGGAAAAGCUUGAGUGGGCCUACCAAAUGUAUGAUAUUGAUGGGAAUGGAACCAUCGAGCGAAGCGAGAUGGUUGAAAUCAUUCGAGCAAUUUAUUCCAUGCUGGGUGCGGAUGGAUCCUCGGCAGAACUGAGUCCUGAAGCUCGAACAGAGGAAAUAUUUGACAAAAUGGAUGAAAACCGAGACGGUGUCUUAACUCGAGAUGAAUUCAUGAACGGAUGUCUCUCCGACCAAUAUCUACUUUCCAUGCUACUUGCCGAUGAACCCGUAGAAUAA